AUGAUUUCAAUCUUAACCGAAACAACAAAUCAAUUAACCCGAAAAACCUUGAUCAAUGCACUGAACAAAUCUUCACAAUUAUCUUUUUUUCUUCAAUCUUAUAAAAAUAAACUCGCAUACGAAGACACUCAUUUCAUCGCAAUGCACAUUCUCGAGUCCAUCACACAUAUUCAUACUGGUAUCAACGGUCCUUUGCAGCAGCGUAUGCAAGUUCUUCAGUUUGAUCUCGAAGACUUUUCUUUCACAGGAGAACACGAUCUUCAUCAUUCAAACUUCGAAUAUCAAAAGCAACUGGCGAAUGAAGUAACGCGUGAAAUUAACGAGAUUCUUUCGAUGAUAACAUCAGUGUUGGAUAUCCAUUUGCAUUUGAAUCAAUGCUUAAGCAUCAAUACAUCAUCGAUAUCAUUUCUAUUAAAGAAAACAUCAUCUUCAUUUGUUUCCGAUCAUUGUAAAGCUGAUUUUUCAGUAAAUUCGACGGUUCUGAUCCGAAUGAUGACACAACCAUUGGCUCCGUAUGGGAAUUCUACGCAGUUAUUCACGAAUCUAUCUCGAUCAUUUUCUUUCUCUGUUUUUGAUGAGGAUCAACAUGAUAUUCAAGCUAAUCGAAUGGAAUUUGUCAUUCCGCGAGAUCCAAAUUGGAUCGUUCCACCAAUGUUUUAUCAAAAUGUGACGAUAAUGAAUGAGAAAAACUUUUUAUUUCAUUUCUAUUCAUAUAACCUAACAAAAACGAAUGGAAACCAAACAUUUUCCAUUCAUUUCGAAAUUCAUCCCCUAAAUCCAAACAUUUCCUAUUUCUUGAUUCACCAAUUCGACGAUAAACCUCAAAUGAAUCCAAUACAAAAUUGGACUUUCUUAUGUCCUUCAGAUUUCACAUCUGAUCAAACGUAUCUUCAUUUUAUCGACAAUCGACAAACGUCGAAUCAUCAUUCAAUCGUGUAUGGCAUUCGUGAAUUAGUAUUCGAAGAAAUGAAUGAAUAUUGUUCUAACAAAACAGUUGCUCCAAUCGUAGAUCAACCGAGAAAGUUUUCAUCGGAUUAUGAGAUUCGACUUUAUCAAUCAAGUUGCUUUUAUCUCGAUUCGAAUAACAAUUGGCAAUCUAAUCGGUUAGUAGUUGGACGUUUAACUAAUCUUUAUCAAACACAAUGCUUUUCAAUCAAUUGA